AUGUGUGUUUCAGGAGUGCGUUGUUGGCCUGUAGAUCUGGAUGUUUCCGUUCUGGAUCAGCAGCUCAAACUGUUUGUAUCCAGACACUCAGCCUUCCUGUCAGAACACGUCCCCGGUCAGCGGACUCUGCAGCACCGCGGAGACGUUCUGGAUACUCAGGUUGUGGUGAAUCCAGCUCAGGACUUUGUCUGCUCCGAGGUCCGGCGGCUGAUCUGCGAUUCGUCCCGACACAAACUGCUGGUUCUGGCUGGUCAGUGUGUGGAAGACAGCGGAGACAUUGUGCUACAGAAAGGCUGCUUCUCCCUCAACCACUUCAUCCACAUAUUCGCUGAUGAGGAGGUCGGAGAGUUGUUGAGCUCUGCAGACCCGGCGAUGAAGGCCAGCCUCACCCUCAGCUGUCCUAACUAUGGCCUUUGGAAGGACUCUGUGCUGGAGAAACACAACCUGCAGGACUUCAUAAACAUCCGGAUAAACCCCCUCCCUGUCUUCCCAGAAAUGGAAGGUCUGCAGGAGUUCACCGAGUACCUAUCCGAGGCUCUGGAGCCCGAGUCGCCCUUCGCCCUCCUGGAGCCCCCGAGCACCGUGGGAUUCCUGAAGCUCUCGCGGCCCUGCUGCUACAUCUUCCCUGGCGGGAGGGGAGACUCCGCCUUCUUUGCUGUUAACGGUUUUAACGUCCUGGUGAACGGCGGCUCUGAUCCCCGCUCCUGCUUCUGGAAACUAGUUCGACACCUGGACAGAAUCGAUUCAGUGCUCCUGACUCACAUUGGCGUGGACAAUCUGCCCGGGCUCAACAGUCUGCUGCUGAGGAAAGUAGCUGAGCAGGAAGAAGAGUCUGCUGGAUCUCAGAUGGAAGAGGAGUGGAUGAAGAACCUCAUCUCCCCUGAGAUUGGGGUGGUCUUCCUCAAUGCUCCUGACAGACUGAAGUCUAUACAGGGAGACCCCAGCGAGCUGCGGAGUUGUGACCAGGUGGCAAUCACUCUGCAGCACUUACAAAGACUGGCAAUCAAACCCGAACCUAUCAGCCGGUCUAAUGGACCCACUAUAGAACCGGUGAUCUUGUUUCAAAAGAUGGGAGUUGGCCGUCUGGAGCUGUACACUCUGAAUCCGGUCAGCGGCAGCAAAAACCUUGAAGCUUUAAUGCAGGUUUGGCCAAACAACGGGUCAAAUGUAAAGGGCUCAGAUCUUCCACUACCAUGCCUUGUUUCCAUUUGUGCUUUGCUGGUCUGGCAUCCUUCCAGUCCUCAAGAGAAGAUCAUCCGUGUCCUCUUCCCAGGGUGCACACCACAAACCAAAAUUCUGGAUGGACUUGAAAAACUCAAACAUCUGGAUUUCCUCAAACAUCCUGUUGUGUGUUUGAAGGACCUAGAAACACCCAAAACAGAGAAACAGCCUAAAAGAGCAGAGAGUCGUGAAAGCCUUAAGUCCCUGUCUAAGGACUUCAGACCCAGUAGUGCCUUGCAGAAAGACAAGCCUGGACGAGUAGACGUCAAAAAACAGGAGGUGAAAACGAAGCCAAAGGCAGCAGGAGACACAGCACCUAAAGAAAAGAAGGAUGGGGAAGAGAAGCCCAAACUAAAGGAGGCGGAUACGAAAUCAAAGCCACCUAAACCUACCGAAAAGCUUGUUCCAAAGAAAGAUGUGUCAAAAGAAGAGAAAAAGGAAGUGAAAAAGAAGGACGAUAAGGCCCCUGCUGCUUUUGUAAAGAAAGAAGAGAGCGGAGAGAAAAAGAAAGAGGUGGUAAAGAAGGAAACUCUAAGUACAAAACCAAAGAAAGACAUUAAACCUGAACCAAAAAAAGACGGCAAGAAGGAUGUAAAAACAGAGGAGAAGAAAUCCACAAAGCUAGCAGUUAAAGAAAUGAAGAAAGCAACAAGUGUAGCUUCAAGUGCAGCAUCUACGGCAAGUACAGAACUGAGAAAAACUUUGGGGAAGAGUGGGGCUCUAAAGAAAGACGGCACUCUUCCAAAGAAAGACACUUUGAAUAAAGGGACAAAAGGAAAACCAGGUUCAAAGGAGCAGGAAAAUCAGAAGGAGGCAGAUCACUCCAAGGUGUCGACACCUGAAGACAUGACGGCUGAAUUCGAAGAACUUCGAUUGGAAGAUGACAAUGGGAACAGAGCCCAAAACUCAAAGGUUACUACAGUCGUCAAGCCUGAUGCAGCAAAGACCAAUAAGAACCAGACCUCAACAAUAGAGAGUCCAGAGAAGUUUCGCUCUAUGGACAUGGACCAGGACUUGUCCUCCACCACCUCACCUUUUGCCAAGACUCCAAAGGGUGAUCUCACUCUGACUGAACACCAGCCAGUCAGGGGCUCCUUGAAGAACGGACCAGAUGAUGUCUGUGCGAGCUCAGCGCAAAAGACUCUGGAGUUGGUCUCCCCAGAAGCAGACAUUCAGGCUUUAGGAGAGGACAGCAGCCUUGGGGUGAAAGGAUCAAGUCUGGGCCUUGAGGAUUACAACCAGGGAGGUUCUUGUAGGACCUCUGACGUGAGCUCCCUGAGGGAAGGUCUAGAAAACUCCACUUCCUCUCAGGACAAGCAGUCCAGUCUUUUUACACUCAGUCCUUUCAAAGACAUUAUGCCAGACUCCUCAUCCACCGUGACCUCCCUGCCGGCUGAGGUUGGCUCUCCACACUCCACAGAGGUUGAUGAAUCCCUGUCUUUUUCUUUAGAGCAAAUGCAACCCCCUACUGCAGCAUCACCCAAAGGACCCAUGAGAGACAGAGUCUACUCCAACGGACACAUUAGUGACUCAGACUCCAACAGUGGGAUGGCCUUACCUCUGAGAUCAAACCAUAAUGGGCGUUGUGGAAAUGGAUCAGAGGAACACAUCCACGGGAUGUCAGAGCUCAUCUCAGAUGUUCCACAUGAUGUCGAUCUCUGCUUGGUAUCACCUUGUGAGUUCCAGCAUCCCAAGACUCCAGAGAACCACCAGCAGAACGUUAGCCCCGGCCUCGCUAUCAGUAGCUCGCCCAACCUCUCUGAAAACAACAACUAUUCACAGGAUCAAAGCAGCAGCGACUGCCCUUCAGCUUACAGCCAGGAGACUCCGCCCACAUCAGUUAGUGAGUCCCUCCCGACGGCCACAGACUCUGAUGUGCCCCCUAAUACAGAGGACUGUCCUUCUAUCACGGCAGACAUCGACUCUGAUGAUGAUUCCAGCAGUCUUUUCCUGCCCAGUCAACCACAAGAUCAUCCCAGUCAACACUACUCCCUCAUGGGAGGGCAGCUUUCCUCCCAUGACCCGCCACCAGCCCCGGUCAAGGAUUUGCCCCCAUUACCACCCCAGCCUGGAGCCUGCAUGGCCGACUCAGAGGCUGACCGUUCAAGCAAGAACCUGAAGAAUUCAGCUGCCAAGACCAAGAAACAAACAGGUACACUACAGAAGUCUGGAAGUACCGCAGCCCCAAACGGAAAGACCAAGGUCACCAGCUCUACGGGGUCACUAAAGAUGACCUCCAGCCUAGACACAAAGCCAUCAACCCGAAAUUCACUUGGAGGGUCCAGAAUUGGAACCACAAGACCUUCAUCCUCAGUGUCCAAAGCUGCAGGUUCUGAGGGUUCUGCCGUCUACGUGGACCUGGCCUAUCUGCCGUCUGGCUGCGCCUCCUCCACCGUGGACCUGGAGUUUUUCAGACGUCUCCGCUCUUCACAUUACAUCGUCAGCGGAGACGAUCCAGUGAAGGAGGCAGCGAUGAGGAGCAUCCUGGACGCUCUGCUGGAGGGGAAGAGCAGCUGGCCGGAGGUCCAGGUGACUUUGAUCCCAACCUUUGAUUCGCUGGCAAUGCACGAGUGGUACCAGGAGACCCAUGACAGGCAGAGGGAGCUGUCGAUCACCGUGCUGGGCAGCAACAGCACCGUUGCCAUGCAAGAGGAGACCUUCCCUGCUUGCAAGGUCGAGUUCUGAGCCCCCGGAAGCUCCGCCCACCUCACCUGUGACCUCCGCGCAGGUGGACGAGGAGAGCAGCCUUUUGUUGUUGCCAUGGUUACAGACAAACAAUAGGAUGAGAAAGCCCCGCCCACUUUAAGUGGAAUCAUUUUAGUGAGCAUGCUCAGUUGAGACAGGAAGUCCAGUUAAAGGUUGAAUAAGUUUCCUUUACAUUUCCUGCACCUGUUUUACAUCACUGCACGGUUACCACCUGUCACUUCCUGUCACUUCCUGUCACUGCUGGAUCAGGACUUUCAGCAGGAUGCUGCAUAUUAACACUAUGUCCCAAAUUAAUUCAAUUUAUUUAAUUACAUCUUAUAAAUGUUAAUAAUUCAUUAAGAACAAGCACAGAUACAGUAUAGACGGUAUAGCAUUAUGUUAGUUAAUGUUAACUAAUGUUAGCUUAUGUUAGCACUGUUGCUACGAGCACAGCUGUCAGUGUUCAGUCUGAAGAUCUCUGCAUUCUUCACAUGAAGACAUUUUAUCUUUUAAUUUUAUUAACUCAUAACAGAAGUUAUCUGACUUUCUAAAACAGCAGGAGACUGAACUCAUUGUUGUUAUUUACAGGGACAAUAUGAGAUUUGGUUUUACGAGACAAGAUCUUUAUUUUUACUUAAUAUUUACACUCUUUAUCCCACAAUUUCUGCUCGUAGCUACGAGAUCUUUAUCUUUUAUCAGAUAACUAUUAGUUUUCUUUCAUGAUCAGGAGGUCUUUGAGUUGUAAUUACACAUUGUUCUUUAUUUUGUAAUUAUGAAAUCUUUCUUCCUUAUCAGUCUGUUUAAUGUGUAACUCGCCGAUGACCACACGGAGCUCAGACAUUAUGUUUACAGAUAACUUUAGUCCUAUCUGACUGGAAUAACAGGCUUCAUUUAGACAUAGAUGAGUGGUAUAAAUAAUGCUAGCGCUGCCCCCCAAAGAUAUUCCUAGUGGACUAUCAG